GCUGCGGCCCCGCCCCGGGCCCGUCAUCCGGCGGCGCCGGGGCUGUCCCGUUGCCCGGUGACGAUGUCGGAGCGGCGGGCGCGGGGGCCGCUGCAGCGGGUGCAGCGCCGGAGCCGGGAGCUGCGGGCGCAGGUGGAGGCGCUGCGGGCGGAGAGCGCGGCUGCAGCCCCCGGGCAGCGGGAGGCCCUUUGGCUGAGAUGUACACAGCUGAAGAAAUUGGUGGAGGAAAAUACAAACGCUCUCCGUGCUUUGAAAAAAGCUGAUGAGCCCGCACCGGUGGGGAAUUACAGCCAGAGGAAGGAAGAGGAAGAAAAGCUGUUGCUAAAACUCUCCCAGCAGCUGCAGAAACUCCUUGUCUUGGAUCAGGAUAAUGUGACAAAGAAUUAUCCAGGGGAUGAGGAACACCAGAAAGGUCCUUGUGCAGACGAAGGAGUUGAAGAAGAGGAGGAGAGUGAAGAUGAAGAAAGUGAGGAGGAUGACACUGAAGAAGAAGAAGAUGAGGAGAAGUUGUUGGAUAAUCCAAAUGUUAGAGAAUGUGUUGCUGUUGGAAACUUCGAUGCCCAGCAGGAAGGGGAUCUCACAUUUGUGAAAGGUGAAAUCCUGCUCAUACAUGACAAGAAGGCGGAUGGCUGGUGGGUAGCUGAAAAUUCCAAGGGGGAGAGAGGCCUCGUUCCCAGAACCUACCUUGCGGUUCCUAAGGAAGAGGAAGAAAGCCAUGAAGAGUCAGAAGAGCACAUAGAAGUGGUGGAUGAAACAGCAGAUGGAACUGGAAUUAAAAAAAGAACAGAUUCCCACUGGAGUGCUGUCCAAGCCAUCACAGAGAAUGACACUGUGGAGGUACUGACCACCACAGGGGCAGUUCCUGCAGGAUUCCGUCCAUCCAUGCUUUUCCAGCUCUUGGAGGAAGGUGAAGAGUUUCGAGCAAGUUACUAUUUGCAACCUGCACUUACUCCAUCCCAGCUGGCUUUCAAAGACUUAGUGUGGAACUCUGAGAGAAAUACUAUCCAUGCUAGACCCACCAGAGCGUCCCUGAUGGUCACUUUGUGCAGCUGCAAGAUGAUCCCUUUCCCUGGAACUGGUGUGCGGGUCCUCAGCCGGCAUGUCCGGCUCUGCCUCUUCGACGGCAGCCGGGUGCUGAGUAACAUCCACACAGUGAGAGCUACGUGGCUGCCUAAAAAUCCUCAAACUUGGACCUUUUCUCCAAGGGUGAUGGGCAUCUUACCCAGCUUGCUUGAUGGUGACUGUUUUGUCAGGUCCAACUCCCUGUCUUCAGACACUGGGAUAUUGUUUGAGCUUGGCAUCACAUACAGGUGCAAUCAGCAUGGACAGUGGUUUCCAGCUCCACUUUACACAGAUAGAGGCUGUUCAUCUGGGAUAUGCUGCUGGAAAGUACAACAGUUAACAGGUGACAAAGGAGAACUGAGCUGUGGCUGGGCCUUUCUGAAGCUUUUCACUUCCAGUGGGAUUCCUGUUCCUUCCAAGAUGUAUGAGCUGGUCUUGAGUGGUGGAACUCCCUAUGAAAGAGGCAUUGAGGUUGACCCAUCAAUAUCAAGGAGAGCAGGCUCUGGGGUUUUUCAGCAGUUUAUGAGCCUUAGGAAACAGCCUGUCCUUCUGGUGAAAGUGAAGUCACCAAGUGUGCACUCAAAAGACAUCCUGAAUUUUCUCCCUGAAACAUUAGUUGGGGGCAUGUCCUACAUCCAUCUCCUGGUGUUUUAUCGGCAAAUCCUUGGAGAUGCCCUCCUGAAGGACAGGAUGAGUAUGCAAAGCACAGACUUAAUCUGCAAUCCUCUUUUAGCAACUUUCCCUCAAGUCCUGGAUCAGCCAGACCUGAUGGAUGCACUUCGGAGUGCCUGGGCAGACAAAGAAAGAACACUGAAGCGAAUUGAGAAGGGCCAUUCAUCCAAAAGGAAAGCAGAUCUGCUCACGGAAUUGGCAACACCCCGGGAUCCCAGAACCAUCCAGUUCUACCUGACUGGCAUGUGCCACUCCCACGGAAGGAUUGCUGCCUGCUGAACACUCACCCCUCGCGUGGUUCCGUGAGGCUGAGCUGUCAAAUGCUCCCUGCCAGGCACAGCACCCCUGCGGCUGGGACACUCUGGACUUGGAUCUUUCCCAUGUGUUUGAUAAUUGACCAGCCUGAUCCUUUGUCUCUGGGUUUUCCAAACUGAUCUUUACAGAGGAGCACACAGGUCACACCAUGUGCAAAGAGUGGGACAACAGUGCCCAGGGGCAGCAUCACCUCUGGCUCCAACGAGUGGGAUCGGAGCCAUGCUCCGCCUAGGACAGCAGGGAAAUGAGAAGAGUUUGGGCUUCCAGGGCAGGGAGGAUGUGGCACUGCUUUUAAGGAAUACAAAUACCCCACACCAAAGGGCUCUCGGCACCUGCAGUUUGUGGGAAGGCUGGCAGAGUUCAGGGUGCAGGUUUGUUGAUAUGCUGGAGGCUUAUCCAAGAUAACGGAUGUGUGUUCAGGAAGGUCAAAUCUCUUCCCGUUGUUUUCCUGGGAACUGGGAGUGAGUUGUUUGGAUUUUUUCCUGUGUACAAUACUUUGGAAAAGUGCUUGGCAACACCACGUGUUUGCACUGAAGUAUUUUCAAAUACUCUUCUCUGCAGAGAGAUCAAGAAUUCCUGAAGUCUGCAUUUGUCCUGGUGUACCACGACUCUGUGUUCCCUCUGCUCUGCUCCACGUUCCUCCCCGCCUACAAAUGGGCUGAGGAAGAGGCAGAAUUGUCUCGCUGGAAAGUGAUCCAU